AUCUAAGACGACCAGGCCCAACAAAAUUCUCAUACGAAGUUGAUAUUGUGGACUCUCUCUCAGCCGCCGACUCGCUAAGGUAAUCAGUUUUCUUAUUACUGUGGUAAUCGUCGUAGUUAGAUUCUUGCGCUCUUUUAACCUCUGAAAAGAUUUCAAGCUAUUUGCGAAGCGAAUUUCGUUGUUGUGUAUAUUUAGGAGCCUGAAAUAUCUCGUCAUAAAACUUGACCUGACCAGUGUUAUUCUGCGACAGACAAAGAUUUGCACUCAUGUGUUGUACCAAAACAACGACUUCUUUCGCUUCUACAAUAUUUGAUUCUAUAAAUUCCCUCGAGGUCGCAUCACCGUAAUUUUAAAAAAUUCUGUAAAGGGCAUCUGUUGUUACUUAGUAUAGAUCAAUCUCUAAGUUAGAAUUUUCACCUGCGUCAGCGCGAACUUUCUAGAAAGUUGUACGGUCACGAAAUUUGUUCAUGUUGCAUAACGUACUGGUGAAGAUCGCAUGAACCGCACUGUUAACUAACUCUGAAAAGCAUUUGUUGAUAUGUUUGUUAACUUUUUCACCUACGCUAUCUCUGAAACCCCCUAGAAUAUAACAAUUCUAUGCAUUUUGAGGCGUUUCGUGCCCUGAAUAGACAAGUAAGUUAUUUGUCUUAGUAAAAUGUGCUGAGGAAGCAAAUUUUGGAAAAGGGUAAUCCCCGCGGACAAGUAAGUUGUUUGUCUUAGUAAAAUGUGCUGAGGAAGCAAAUUUUGGAAAAGGGUAAUCCCCGCGGAAAGAAAAAUAAUUUGCGUGAGUCAGUGCUUUGCGACCUUCGAAAUCAUAACACACUGAACUAAAUUUUAUGCAAUGGAAGCGAAUUUUACAUGUGAUAAAGUCAGUCACGUGGAUCCACAUUCAAAGUGAAACAAUAUUUAUUUGAAUGCAUAAAUAAUAGUGGUGAGCUGUUUGGAGACAAGAGAUUAUAUAGUCUUGUUGUAUGUCACUUAUACAUAGGUAUAUUUUCCGCGAAAACUAAUUCUUCUGGAAAUCUAUAUACCCGGUGAACAUAUGCAGAUUCGAUACUAGAGGUUGCGUUUACCGUGGAAUUGGAAUUACUAAUGGCACUAAGUGAAUGUCCGUAACGAAUCUCUGUAUCCUGUUUACAUGGUUACAAAUUUACGGGCUUCAUUCCGUUCGGAAUUUCUUGUUAGACUUAAAUUUUUCUUCUACAUUGCUUUCGUUUCACAGGAUUCAGCCCAUCGAAGUACAAUCCACAUUUAAGGACUAAAAGCAGUUUAAGAGAUUUUAGAGGCUUCGGAAUUUCCGUUACCAUAGAGGUCUAAAAUUGAAGGUUUGAGUCAUGUUAAGAUUUACGCAGGUUUGUGUUCACUGUCACCAAGUUUCCGCGCUUCCGUUCGGGCGAUCGCCUUUUUCAAUAUUUAUUAUCGGAUUUACUUUUUACACAGCGUUCGUUCUCUUCCACUGCCGCGAGUUCGCUAAAACAUUUCAGUUAUAAGGGACUGGUCUCUUUUGAUGAAAAGCCCAAAGCUGUUUUGUCUAGCCCAGUAAAAAAAUUAUGAUGAAGCAAAUUUUGUUAGCGGGAAAUUCUCCAUUAAACUGAGGAGUCGAAUCACGCUGGGAUAGAAUUCCAGUUAACGAAAUUGUAAUGUACGCGAAGGCACACACGUAAAAAAUCAGUGCAUUAUAUCAAUAAUUUGGCAGCCUACUAACGGAUAUGAGGAAAAUCCUAGAGGAAACAACAAAUAUCUGAUCAUCGAGAGAAAACUCUGAAAGAAAUCACGUGAUUUUAUGUUUUACCCGGAGACAAGCUAUCUUGAUUCUGAGGGUGCAAGGAAAACGACCAGUUGUCAGUGAGAACCCUACAUUCGGUUCGUAUCAUUUCGUGACGUGGUACUAGGUGACAUACCAUGCAGUGUGUGACACACGAGAGUUGAUUGGCUGACGAUUUCGUGAUAUGCGUCUGAGUGGGAACACAGUGACAUAACUAUGGCUGGAGGUAUUCACGAAAGAGAAGUUCAGUGGGGCUGGGAGGGGAGUUUUCUUUGAAACCUCUGUGACCUAUGAGAUUCCUAUUUAUGGUCCCUCUACUUUUCAGUUCCUUGCCAGGCUGCCUUUGCAACUUACAUGCCUCUAUGUUUUUCUAGGAUAUGAGGAUUGAUAGGCUACCCCAGGAAUGCAUUGAACGCCUUUCUCGUUUGCUAGAGAAUGGUACAUCAGUUGACUGGAAAGUACUCGCCACUGAAGGAUUUCCAUCCAUUUAUUCUGACCCCAAAAAGUUGGCUAGAAUAGAGAGCAGUCCCCGCCCCGCGUCAGGAUUACUUCAUGAUCUUUGUUUUCGAGGUGAAAGCGUUGAAACUCUUUUAAGAGCCCUGAAAAAGAUUGGAAAUGCACGAGCCGUUUCUGUUAUCAUUGAAGGUGAGCUUUUUUCUUACUCCUGCUUUUUCUUGUUUCCUUUACCCUUUCCUAAACAUCUACCAGAAAAUAUUUAGAGGAAAUCUUAUAAAAAAAAUCAGACGGUAAGGGUGAGUUACAACGUUUGAACCUUUCAUUCACUGAGAGGGAGCUCUAUCUGGUUUGCUCUCCUCGUCAUCUCAAUGCUUGUUAUCCUUAUCCAUCUCUGAAGGCAACUUCAAAUUUCAGUUUCUAAUGACUAUGACUUCCUAACUAUUUUGUACCACACAAAAGCGCAUUUCCGUUACGUGUCGUAAAGUCAAAAGUGGAGGAAUCACUCAGAAAUAAGGAAAUGAUCACGAUGAGCUAAUUAAAAGACAAACAGGCAAACGACUCAAGCCACGGAUAAUGCAAACGAUCAAGUCACCAUUACUUUUCGGUUUUGUUUUUGAUGGGUUGAGGAUGGCGUGAGUCCUUUGACCAAUCAAAAGGCGUGCUAUAGCAAAAACGGAACAAUGCAAACCCCGAUUACUUUCUGCGUUCAGAUGAAAACAAGUUACUCUUUCCUGUUGUUAGCUGUAGGAUCAUGAAAAUACGCAAUCUAAGAUCUUUUUCAAAUGAAUUCCAUUGCAUCAUUUUGUUUCUGUCCUUUGAUUCCGUUUCCAGAAGUUCCAGAGUUGGGGAAAAACCGUGUGGAUCGUGAGAUAUCACCUCCCCCAGGAAUCCGCUCUAUGCAACCUGAAGAGGUACAAAUUACUUGUUUUAUUUCUAGUCCUAUAAGAAGGAAGGGACGAAGUAUCUGUAAGUUAGCUAAAAGGUUUUCGAGUUUCUUAGGAAUAUUUACGUUGACUCUUUUACUCAUUUUAAAUUAUAAUUAGAUAAAGAAUAGCUAGUCUCAUAUACAUAUGCAAAAAAAGCAAGCAGGAAAUGCGUCAAGAGGAGAGUAGGCCAUGCGGGUCCAAUGUUUCGGCUUGUUCCCGUUUUCGGGAACAAGGCUAAACAUUGUACCUGCAAUCGGCCAAUAACCUGCAGUAUCUAGAGGUCCCUAUUAAGAACAUGUUUUGGCUAAUUCUGUUUUUCAGUCCGCGAGGAAUCAAAGCAUGACAUUCUUUCGUCAUGUAAAGGUAGAAUAUUAAUGAAAAUCCCGUAGUGCAUCAGUCUAGUACCCUAGAAAUUUUACCAGGGACACAAACAGUUAUUUGUGCUGAAAAGCAAUCGUUCCCAGUUUCCACCUUUCGAUUCAGCGAAGAACUUAUCCUUAAUAAGAAGAUAAUAAACUGUCUUAAAACCCAACGAAGUAUUUUAAUUCAUAUGAACACUCACUUCGAUAACUUUACUUCUUAAUCCUAAUUUUUCUUUUUUUGCCCAAUUGCUGUUAACUUGUGUUAUCCAUUUACAUGUACUCUGAAAUGUAAAAUGUUUAACACAUCCCUUUUUAAUUUGUUCGGCUUAGAACCACGAUAUCACGGAACAAUCCGAAACAUUACGACGUCCCAUCCAAGAAGCAGGGAUCGGGAAUCGAACGCCCUCCAGCCACCCAGUGAGUAAUACCUCAUUAAUGGAUUUGAUAAGCGCCAUGUUUUCGUGCUUUGGAUAUUUUAAUAAUUUUUAUUGAGAUUACUUAUUCAUUUGACAUGUACAAUCUUAAACUGAAAAAGGCUUGUCCAAAUUGAAAUCUGUAUGUUUUACUUUGUUUCUUUUAUACAGCUAAAAUGUUAAUUAGUCGGAUAUGGCAUUGAAAGUACUGUUGAAAAAACUAAUCUAUUUCUGUAUUUUAUAAUUCUUAAAACAGCUUGUCCGCGAGCCUACUAGGGGUAAUAGUGUUUUAGACUUAGUGAUAUCAAACCUAGCUUCUUAUUAUAACAAGCCUGUUGUAAGCGCGAACAUGCCGGUGUCCCUCAGGGCACCAAAUUGGCUCCAAUCCUUUUUCUGAUAAUGAUCAACGACCUGGCUACUCACUCCCCCCUCCGCUCGAGCCACUGGAAGCACGUCGAUGACGUAACAAUAUCCGAGGUCUCCAGUUUGGGGGAGGUGUCAUCUCUGCAGAACGACAUCGACUGCAUUUCGCAAUGGGCCCAGCAGAACAUCAUGAAUCUCAACCCAAAAAAAUGUAAGAUCAUGACCGCCUUGAAGCGCGCUGGGGUCCCUCCGGCGGACCUUGUCACCAUCUAUAGCGCCUUGGUUCGUUCUGUCCUAGAAUACUCUUCCGUUGUCUAGGCUACCUGCCUUCCUCGCUUCCUCAUUGACCAGCUAGACCAGCUAGAGGCUAUCCAGAAGAGGGCUCUGCGAAUCGUAUAUCCUGACCUCCACUAUCAACAGGCUCUUGCGCAAGCCAACAUUACCAGUUAAGAGUAUAGACGCGCCCACCUGUGUCUCAAAGUCUGGCACAAUAUCAAAAAUAACCCGGCCUGCCAACUGCACCGACUCCUCCCUACCGUGCGAUCCGAAUGCCACUCUCACCAUAUUAGUAGCCGUUUUCAGUAUAGAACAAAAUGCUUUGGUUUUAGUUUUUUCCCAGCAAUGGCGAAAAUCAACUAAUCAACAGGAGUCUGGUUAUUUUUAUUAUAGUAUUUUAUCCAUAUCCGAAUUAUUUCUUGUAUCAUGUAGGCACACUGUAAUUCAUAGUUUUUAUCCCACCGUGUGUAUUUUAAUAAACCAUUAUUUAUUUAUUUAUUACUUAUUUACAAAUCCAAAUGCAUCUCUCUCUUACUCGCAAUUAAUUUCACCAACACAAUAAUUCAUCUGCUUAGCCUCUGAGACGUUUAUAAUCUGAAAUGUAAAAUGUUUAACACAUCUUUUCUUUAAUUUGCUCUGCCUAGAACUACGAUACCGAGGAACAAUCCGAAACAUUACGACGUCCCGUCCAAGAAGCAGGGAUCGAGAAUCGAACGCCCUCCAGCCACCCAGUGAGCAAUACUUCAUUCAUAGAUUUGGUAAGCGCCAUGUUUCCGUGCUUUGGACAUUUUAAUCAUGUCAUUGAGAUUACUUAUUUAAUAAAUAUGUAGAGUCUUAAAUUGAAAAAGGCUUGUCGAAAUUGAAAUCUGUAUGUUUUAUUUUGUUUCUUUUAUACGGCUAAAAUGUUAAUUAAUCUGAUUUGGUAUUGAAAGUACUGUUGGAAAACUAAUCUAUUUCUGUAUAAAUCCAAACGCAUCUCUCUCUUACUCGUAAUUAAUUUCACCAACACAAUAAUUCAUCUGCAUAGCCUCUGAGAUGUUUAUAAUCUGAAAUGUAAAAUGUUUAACACAUCCUUUCUUUAAUUUGUUCUGCUUAGAGCUACGAUACCAAGGAACAAUCCGAAACAUUACGACGUCCCGUCCAAGAAACAAAGAUCGGGAAUCGAACGCCCUCCA